UAGCGUGCGCCACGAUGCAGUUCCCCGUGAACGCGAGUCAGCAGCGCCCGACUUUCUUCGAGCUCGUUGCCGCGGAUCGGCUCGUCUCCUCCCUGCGCUCGGCGCUCGUGUACUCCAUGCGCGUCUUGGUCUCCAGGCGCCCGUCGUCCUCGUGGAUCCUCGAUCGAGAGGACGAGUGCUUCGCCGCGUUCAUGACGCUCGUGGAAACUCACGCGUUCGCGACUUCGAAUGGGUCCAUGGCGGAAGGAUUUUAUGGGCUUCAAAGAACAAGAUGGCGAGGAUCACGUGUGCGAGGAAGAGGAGGAGAGCGGGACGCGGUUGACGGCGUGACGGGUGUGAAGAAAACGCGAGCGCUGACGCGAACAGAACGCGCGUUGUCGGUGCUGACGCUCGUGGCUGUGCCGUACGCGCGGGAGAAGCUCGACCGGCUCCACAAGCGGCUUCUCGCACACGGGGGGGGCACGAUCGCGCGCGAUGCCGCUCGUGCGCUGUUACGCGACGAUGAGGAGGGGGAGGACGAAGACGGUGGCGUUCUCUUGCGUCUCCCCUCUGCAUACGUUCGAACGCCGUCCUCGCUAGCGUCCAGCACGUUCGUGAAGACGUACCCAAUCGUCAACGCACUUUUAGAGGCGGCCACGUUUGCGCACUGGCUGUCCUUCCUCAUCGAUGGCGGCGAUACUCACGACCCGAUCUUACGUUUUCUCGGGUUGAAAAUAACGCGCGUCUCCCUGAUCGAGACCUCAGAAACGAGAGCGGCGUUGGACGCGCACAGGGCGAUCGCGUUCACGUUCCCGGAUCGACUCCACCUUUCGAUCGCGGUCGUUGCAUUUAAGCUCGCAGAGUGGUGGUAUGGCACUGCGGAAGGCGUCGUCGAACGCGGCUCGUUGCUGCCAUCGCCUCCGCCACCACCUCUCCCACCUCCCGCACUUGAUGGUGUCGGAAUCGCUCCGCGCGGUCGCUGUCCAGUGUGCCGACGCUUCAUCGUCGACGCGAGCACGCUCGCGUGCUCUGGUUAUGUUUUCUGUUCUGAAUGCGCGUUCGAGCACGUGCAGCAAGUAAAGUCAUGCCCGGUAACACUGAUUCCAUCGAAAAAUGCGAAUGUGAGGCGGCUGUUUGACUCAGCGUGAGCGUGGCAGAAACGUGGGGUGGAAGGCAUGGCGUGAAGUCAUGACGGUGGUAUUCGAUGCAGGUCGACGUCAGCAACAGAUGAUUUGCGGGCGUUGAUGAGGGGAAGAUCUGCGCCGGCAUGGGGUGCAACGGUCACAAGCCAAGGACGCAAGGACACGAGCAGGACAGUUGGUUUUUACAGUCAGGCAGUUCGAACCU